AUGGGCAAAGAGGAUAACAAUAUUAACCAUAUAGAUAUUGAGGCUAUGAGAAUGGGAAAACAACUCAACUUGGAACAGAGGGAAUAUCUCACCAGAAAUAUCACAGAGGAUGAUAUCAUCAAAGCCCUUAGAGGAAUUGGCAACCUCAAAGCACCAGGCCUGGAUGGUUAUGGAGCCAAAUUCUUCAAGGCUAGCUGGACAACCAUCAAAACUGAUGUGAUAGCAGCGAUAAGGGAUUUUUUCGAAAUAGGUAAAAUAUACAAACCUUUCAACAAUGUUGUAGUAUCCCUGAUUCCAAAAAGCAAUGAGGCUUGUGAGAUUAAAGAUUACAGACCCAUAGAUGUGUGCACCAUCUUUUAUAAAAUCAUCUCCAAGAUCCUGACUGGAAGAUUGGGAUAUGUCCUUCCUAGUGUGAUAAGCCACAAUCAGGCAGUGUUUAUACAGGGUCAAAACAUUCAUAACCACAUCAUGCUUGCUACUGAAAUCAUAAAAGGGUACACUAGAAAAGGGGGCACACCUAGAAUUAUGAUGCAAAUAGACCUUCAAAAAGCAUAUGAUAUGGUUAAUUGGAAAGCACUGGAGUUUAUAAUGAAGGAGUUAGGCAUUCCAAAUAAAUUCAUCCAGUGGACUAUGCUUGGCAUCACCACGGUAUCCUACAGGUUUAACAUCAUGGGGGGUUAUACUGAGGUCCUUCAAGCCAAAAGAGGGAUUCAACAGGGUGAUCCUCUAUCACCUCUAUUAUUUGUCCUCAUUAUGGAUUACAUGAACAGGUUGUUGGUCAAAAUGCAAAGGGAUCCUAAUUUCAAUUACCAUGCCAAAUGUGAGAGUCUGAAAAUUACCAACCUCACUUUUGCAGAUGACAUACUGCUGCUGUGUAGAGGUGACGAAAUUUCAAUGAAAAUGAUGUUAGAAACUUUCAGAAAUUUCUCCAAAUCCACAGGUCUGAUGAUGAACCCUAACAAAUGCAAGAUUUAUUUUGGGGGUUUGGAUAUGGAAACUAGAAAGAGAUUGAAGGAGCUAUCGGGUUUCCAAGAAGGCGCCCUAUCUGUCAAAUACCUAGGAAUCCCUCUUACUAGCAAAAGAUUAACCAUCACCCACUUUAUGCCAUUGGUGGAUAAAAUAGUGGCUAGAAUUCAUCAUUGGUCUUCUAGGCUCCUAAAUUAUGCCGGUAGAAUUCAACUAGUGAAAAGCAUAGCUUAUGCAAUGGUACAAUACUGGAUGCACUGCCUCCCUCUGCCCAAAUACGUGAUCAAAAAAGUCGAUGCAAUUUGUCGGAGCUUCAUUUGGUCAGGAAAAGAUACUGCGAGCAGGAAAUGCCCUGUGGCGUGGAAAACCACAUGCAGGCCUGCUGCGCAAGGUGGGAUGAACAUACUAAACCUUCAGAUCUGGAACAACGUGCUACUCUUGAAAUGCCUCUGGAACCUUUGCAACAAAACAGACACAAUCUGGGUUAAAUGGAUACAUACUCAAUACUUAAAAGGAAAUAAUGUGAUGAAUUAUGUUCCCAAACCACAUAAUUCUUGGAUCAUGCGGGGCAUUUUGAAACAAAGAGAUAAUAUGGAUUUGAUUCGGUAUGAAUGGAACCAAGCUAUGACCAUGCGCAAGUUUAAAGCGACAACUUUUUAUAAGAUAUUAAUUGAUGAUGGCACAAGGGUGCACUGGAGAAGACUGAUCGGGUACAACAAAGGACACCUGCGAGCAGUCCAAUGCUUAUGGCAAGCUUGUCAUGCGAAGCUUGCGACCAAAGAAAGAUUGAAAUGUUUUGGGGUGAUUGAAGAUAUCAUUUGA